AUGCCUGCCUCUGCCCCCGUAUCACCACCCAGCAAGCCCCAAGCGGUCCACCCGCACGAACAGGAAAUCCCCAUAAGCUACGAUAUCAAUAUCCCCUAUGUCGAUGUCACCAAGGAAUCCACCUCUCACACCAGAUACCCCGACUACCUGCCCACCUGGGACAAGGUCUGGUUCGAUCCGCUGCGUCCCUUCAAAUAUGAGGAUCCUGCGCUGCGCGUCAAGGACAAGAGCAAGCGCAACUUGCUCACCCCCGGGGUGAAAGUGACCGAGAUCCAGCCCCAGAUCGGGAGCAUCGUCGAAGGCGUGCAGCUGAGCCAGCUCUCCAACGCCGCUAAGGACGAGCUCGCGCUGCUUGUCUCCGAGCGCAAGGUCGUGGCCUUUCCGGCACAGGAUCUCAUUGAUGCGGGCCCGGAGCAUCUCGAGCGGUUUAUGAGCCAUUUCGGGAAACCCAACUACCAACCCGUCUCCGGUACGGUGCGCAACCACCCGGGAUUCCAUAUUAUCCACCGCGACGGCAACAAGCAGGAGAUCGCGCGCUUCCUCGAGCAGCGCACUACCACCACGCUCUGGCAUCAGGACGUGAGCUACGAGAUCCAGCCGCCGGGAUACGUCAUGCUUGGUCUGCUCGAGGGGCCCGAGGUCGGCGGUGACACCGUUUUCGCAGCCACCGACAUGGCCUACAAACGUCUCUCCCCCACAUUCACCUCCUUCCUCGACGGCCUGCGCGCCGUCCACUCCUCCGCAAAGAUGAUCAACCAUACGCGCCUCAUGGGCGGCCUCGUCCGCAAGGAUCCCGUCGACACCGUCCACCCGCUCGUCCGCGUCCACCCCGUCACCGGCGAGAAAUGCCUCUUCAUCAACGGCGAGUUCAUCACGCGCAUCCAGGGCCUCAAGGAGCCCGAGCAGCGCUACCUCACGGACUUCCUCAUGCAGCACAUCGUGACCGGCCAUGACUUCCAGGCCCGCGUCCGCUGGCAACCUAAGACCAUCGUGAUUUUCGACAACCGGUGCACAAUCCACUCCGCGAUAGUCGACUACCUGGACGACGACUUCGGCGCCAAACUGCGCCACAUCUUCCGCCUCUGCGCGCUCGGCGAGAAACCCAUCCCCGUCUACGACCAGUUUGAGUAA